AUGAUUCAAAUUUCAGAAAUUAUCCUUUUGGGUUUUGGGGAUCUCCAUGGCCUUCAGUUUCUUCUUUUUGGGAUAUUUCUGGCCAUGUAUGUGGUGACUUUAAUGGGCGACAUUGCGAUCCUAACUGUGGUGUCAGCUAAUCAUUUCCUUCAUACGCCCAUGUUUUUCUUUCUUGGUCACUUCUUCCUAGAGAUUGGCUGCACCAGUACCAUUGAGCCCACAAGGCUGAGGACAUUGCCAUCAGCUCAUAUGCCUUUUUCCUUUCCAGCCUGUGCUUCCCAGUUUUUUUUUGCUGCAUUGGUGGCUACAGAAUGCUUCUUCCUGGCUGUAAUGUCUUAUGAUCGCUAUAUAGCCAUCUGUAACCCAAUGCAAUACUUCAGCAUCAUGGACCACUGGAGUUGCUUACAGCUAGCUGGUGCCUCACGGGUGGCUGGAUUUCUGGCAUUCACUUUCCUCACGGUCCUCAUUUUUCGCUUAACAUUCUGUUCCACCAAUGUGAUCCAUCACUUCUGUGUUUUGAAGCCCAUCAUGAAACUGGCUUGCACUGACACUAAAGUAGCUGAGAUGACCACUUUUAUGUGCACCUCUUUAUUUGCUCUUGGCCCCUUCCUGCUGACCCAGGCUUCUUAUGUUCACAUCAUCACUGCCGUUCUGAGGAUUUCUUCUUCCACAGGAAAGCAGAGGGCUUUCUCCACCUGUUCCUCCCAUCUGACUGUGGUUAGUCUCUAUAGGACACUGGGCAUUGUUUAUGGCUUCCCAUCAGGACCUCAGUAUGAAGACUUAUUGAAGUUACUUUCUCUUCUGUAUGCAGUGCUUACCCCUGCCCUCAACCGUAUCAUUUACACCUUAAGGAAAAAGGAUGGGAAGGUAGUUCUGAGAAAAUUGGUGCAAUCAGGAACAUAUAACUGGUUCAAAAAACGUUUGAAAUUUUUAGUGGCUUUUGGCACCUUCUGA